AUGGCGACGAAGGCCGUCUGCGUGCUGAAGGGUGACGGCCCGGUGCAAGGCACCAUCCACUUCGAGGCAAAGGGAGAUAAAGUCGUCGUAACUGGAUCCAUUACAGGGUUGACUGAAGGUGAUCAUGGAUUCCACGUCCAUCAGUUUGGAGACAAUACACAAGGCUGUACCAGUGCAGGCCCUCACUUUAAUCCUCUGUCCAAAAAACACGGUGGGCCAAAGGAUGAAGAGAGGCAUGUUGGAGACCUGGGCAAUGUGAAGGCUGACAAAAACGGUGUUGCCAUUGUGGAUAUCGUAGAUCCCUUGAUCUCACUCUCAGGAGAAUAUUCCAUCAUUGGCCGCACGAUGGUGGUCCAUGAAAAACCAGAUGACUUGGGCAGAGGUGGAAAUGAAGAAAGUACAAAGACUGGGAACGCUGGAAGUCGUUUGGCCUGUGGUGUAAUUGGAAUUGCCCCGUAA